CGUUCAUCCGCCGCCACCGCCGUGGACGAUCACCACUCGCUACAACGCCGUCGCCGCUGAUCGUCGUCAUCAUCCGGUCCGGGGCAAACCGUCAAGCGGUAUACCUACCUACCUACCGGUCACUACACUACACUACGCUACGCGGUCUCGCACCGAAAUCGUAUAACAUAGAAAAAAAAAAAAGGUCGCUGAUAGACGCGACCCGCGGGAAAAUACUCGCCGACGACCGGCUGACCGACUAAAUUAUCAUAUGUGCCGUCAUAACUAGGUCACUCGCAAAACGACUUUUUCGAUAUCUUUUAUUAAUUUUUUUUUUUUUUUUUAACACGCGUUUCAUUAUAAUAUUUUAUUGAUAUUGUAAUCGCGCCGAAAAAAUAUUUUUAUUUUUUUUUAUUUUUCGAAAACCUCCCCCUCACAACCCGAGAAAACGAUCGUUUUCGUAUCGGUUCUGCAAUCCCGAUUGGUUUUUCAAUGACAGCGAUUUGACAUCGCAGAUACCUCGUAUACGUCACCGUCAUUCAUCCACGUUCGUAUAAAUGGUGAGUAUACAAUUUUAUUAUUAUGUAUAAUAUCGUAUUAUUAUAAAUAAAAUAUUUAAGUAUAUUUCAAUUAUUUAUGACUGCGUUCAAUACGUAUCCGCAAUGAUAUCGACAAUUAUCUUUUACUACGUCCUUUUACUUAUGUUUUACUCGGAUAUUUUUUUAUUUUUUUUUUUUUUGCUUGAUUGAAUACUUUUUUUGGGCUUGCGUUUAGCCGCCAUUAUACGAGUUCAUUCGCGAUUUUCCGAGGAUAUUUGUGACAUUGUGAAAAGAAAAAGAAACGAUUUAAAACACAAGUAUUCUCACUAUGCUUGGCUCAGAAUUGAUAAAGAAUCCGGUGUAAAAUAUCCUUGGCCCGGUUCGUGUUGCGUAUGUUCGCGAUGAUAGUCGUACACAGUACACCUACAUAAAUAUAGGUAACUUUCUGCGCGUUUAAUUAACUAAACGUUAAACGAACAGUAAAAUAUGCAAUUAAAAGGGGAAAAGAUUUCAACGCGACGAUACGACACACUGGUAGUUGAGAGGAUGGUCAGACCCGCACGUCGUCGGCUAUCCAGCUGAACCUCGUGAUUCGCGUGUGGCCAGAACACUAUACGAGGAAAAUAAAAAAAAAAAUUCGCCAACGCGAAAAUCGAAAAUGGUACAAAAAGUACCUAUACGAUUUUCAAUUGGGAAAAAUGCUCUUUACAGACACGAAAAAAAAUAUUAAAACUUGCGAGUUUGCUGCACGGUGGCCGACGACGCCGUGCAGUUACACGUUUUAUAUAAACUCACCAACGGGGCACGACGUUAGCGAAUUUUCAGUUCGGCAGGACGCAAUUUUUCGCGACGUCAGUUUUAACCGUGUGAACUAUAAGAAUAUUAUCCUUGAGUUUGUACGUCAGUUUUUUUUGUUUUUUUUUUGUCGGUAUUUCAACGCCGGGCCCUCGGUCAUUAAUGGACCGCCGUCGACGUGUCGUUCUUCCUGCGGUAAAAAGGGACGUUGGCCCGGUACGGGCCGUAUGGCCGCCGGGUCUCGUAUACGGAACAACGCGAUAGUAUCAUAUAAUUUUUGGCGAGCGAUAGCGGCGAUUUCGUUCGAUUCCGCGGCGCAUAAUUUCGCGCCGCGAAUCCCGCCGGAAAAACGUAAACGCGUUAUAAUAAACACCCUCACCGGACCUGCACUCGCGUCGAAUCCGAACCCAUCGUGGAAAACAAAAACGAGUUGUCGCAUACGUUUGCCUGCCGGGCCCCGGAGCCGCCUAAACGUAUUCCGGUUCCCGUGCACGCCCGUUAUAGUCCCGUUAAGACCUAACCCAACCCCGGUGGCUCGCUCCACGGAAUCGUCUCGGUUCAAUGCCCGGGGCACCGCCACCGAGUCCCGUUUCCGUUGCUUUUCGAAUCCCGGACCCCCGCCGCCGGCCCGCGCCGCGAAAUUACCGGUUUCUGAAAAUCUUUUCCAAUUUUAUUAUUAUUUUUUUUUUUAAACAAUGCGUAUACGUUUUAUAGAUGUGGAAAUAUAUUAAUAUAUUACGUUUUAACGACAAGCGAUGCUUUGCCGACCCGAAACAUGUCGUCUACCGCGUAUAAAUAUCAAUAUUAAUGUUUUAAAUUUGAAAAACUGAGAAGAAAAAAACAGAUUUAUUCGCGUCCAUACGGACGACGAGAUUGUCAUCGCGGCUUUCUCCGCCGCCGCCGCCGCCGCCGCCGCAAUGCCGGGGUCAAACGGGAAACGGGCGUUCGAAUAAAAUCCGACAAAAACCUAACCUCGCACAUAACAUUACGCGUUUUACGAUAGUUAUUAUUAUACCGGGACAAUGUCGAAAAUAUCCAAUGACUUUCUCCCGGCCGUGUUCCCGGCAAUAAACUAAACGUUUUCUUUGAAAUCCACGCUCGUUUCGGGACGGACAGAAUCAGAAGCUUUCCGGCUCGGGCGGCGCACUGCAGCGCAGUGGACGUUCGUUCCGGUAAAAGCAAAUUCAAUAACUUUACGAAUUACGUACCUCCUCCCCCCACGCCUGUAAUUAUUACGUAUUAACUAUAAACACGACACGAUGACGUUAAUAUUUUUACAAUAUCUGUUUCAUUUUGUUUUGUAGAUAUCGAAAGGCUCUUCCAAGACCAGAGUGCCGGACGGUUCGCCGACUCGCUCGGCGGGCGGCGACGUCAACAAUAACGGGCCGACCAAGUGUCUGAACGGCGCGUGCGGCGGAUACGGGGCGUCGUCGGCUGGUACCGGCGACAGGCCGGCCACGCCACCCCGGCGCGUUCAAGUCACCGCCAAGAUACUGUUCGGGUCGGUGAACGCAAUAUCGACGAUGAAACAGAACGACAAGCUCCAUCGGAAAAAAUCCCAAUAACCACCAUCACGCCAUCACUCGUAACAACAAAACCGUCGGCCACCUGCCGCCGCCGCCGCCGACAAUCACCACACUGCCUUCAUACGCGCCCGGGAACGCGCAUCGCGUACAGGGUCAGUUGAUGCGAUU